AUGCUGCUAGCGGGCAGUUGUGAACUCAGCAUCUGGGGAGUGGGCCCCUUGUGAUGCUGCUAAAAGCCUGAGGCGAGUGAUUCCUGCUCGUUGCACCCGGCUGCAUCACCAGCUUGCGUUCCUACAGAGACAUUUGAAGGCUGCGUUGGCAGAGCAAGUCUCAGUGUUUGCUGUCUCUGCACUAGAAGCCAUGUGGAGGAAUUGUGUUAGGUUGGCAAGAAGGGGGCUUGGUCGUGGUCCGGAUCCAACGGUGUCACGCUGCGGUGUCGUUCGAGGGUUAAGUCCAGCUGCCCCAUGCAGUUCGCUCUGGAGCUCCGUGACCUGGUUCUCUCAGGCCAGACAGUCAAAGGAUUAUGCCCUCCCCAACUCCAGCUGGAGCCAGGGCAUGAUGGAUUUGUAUAGCAGGUUCCUGGAGAUGUGUAAAGAUGGGACAUGGAAAAGGAUUCCUUCCUACAACAAUAGUGUUGAUCAUAUACCAGAAUCGCUGAAGCUGACGUCUGAGAAGGAGCGGAAGGAAACCCGUCUCUUCCUCAGAAACAUGGAUACGGAAGGAGUGGGCUUCGAAUAUGCCAUGUUCCUUAACCCGUCUGAGAAAAGGAUGGUGUGUCUCUUCCAGCCAGGCCCCUAUCUGGAAGGGCCUUCGGGGUUUGCCCACGGGGGCUCCACUGCAACGAUCAUUGACAGCACGAUUGGGAGCUGCGCUAUAUUUGUUGCUGGCAGGGUGAUGACAGCCAACCUCAGUAUAAACUACAGGAACCCCAUUCCACUGGGCUCGGUGGUCUUGGUGGACAGCAAAGUGGACCAAGUCGAGGGAAGGAAAGUGUUUCUGUCCUGCCAUGUCAGGAGCAUCGAUGGCCAAACGCUUCAUGCAGAGGCAACCGCUCUGUUUAUCCGGCUGGAUUCCACAAAGUCCCUGCAGCAGCAGAUGAGCUGCCAGUGAGUUGUCUUGCCCCGACAGACGACCAGGCUGCAGCCGAGCCCACUACGGCCUCUGCUUCUCUCCAGUUGCUAAUUCCCUGCUCUGAUCUCUCCUGUUCUGAAGAGAGAGCUCUGCCCUGGACUUCUCCUGAUUAACAGUGACAUGGUGCAGAUUCUUCUGCAUUCAUCGACUCUCUGGAGGCCACCUCUGCCCAUUGGGCUCUACCACAGCUGUCGUGUCGUCCCACCCUUCGCUGGCCGGUCAGUUUCUGAUUAACCUCUGAACAUGAAGAUCUCAUUCGUUGCCUGCUGUACAGGGAACUGCUGCUGGGAGUUGGUGCCGUCUAUGGACGUCAGAGUCAGCGAGCUCUGCAUGUUGCUGUGUGUUACAACUUCAGAUGCUUUUAUCAAAGGACAAAUGCAAUUAACCCUUGGUCAGCCACUUACUGCAUUACAAGCAUGUAGAUUCUCUCCGCUCUUUCGGA